ACCUGCAAAUGGAGACGGAGAGCUAACACUCAAUCUGACUCUGAGUCAGGGGGGAGAUAUGCAGUUUGGAUGGGUGCACUGUCUGCCUUGAGCCUGCCUUCUACUCUAGAGACAGAAGCCCUCUGUUGCUCAUUUGCCUCUCUGUCUGUCGUUCUUUCUCUCUUUCUCUCUCCCCCUCUCACUCUUUCACUCAGUUUCCAGCCUUCCCAUCUGUAUGUGAUUUAGGCACAGGCUCAGGGGAGAGGCAAGUCCGCUAGGGGAGAGGAAUCAGGGCAGGGAGGGAGUGAGAGAGAGAGAGGAAGUCCACACAAGUUUGUUUUACAGGACUCUGGCCGGGCCGGGACUAGGCACAGUGCUGCAUCUGGAGGUCGGAGCGGUGGAAAAGUGAAGCCAGCAGGAGCAGCCGAGCAAGAGGAGCUGCCCAGAGACUUUCCUCCAGCCAGGAGACACUGACAGAGACACAGACAGAGAGGGGGGACCAGUGGUCUACUGGCAAACACACAAAUAUGGCUGCUAAAUCUCUGUCCUGCCUCUGCCUUAUCUGCAUCCUAUCAGGGAUUGCCUAUCCAGCUUCUGCCGCCAGGCUUGGGGAACAGCAACAGGCUGUGCCGACAGUGUGUGCAAAAGGAUUUUUCAUGAGUGAGCAAAACAUAUGUUUGCCAUGUAACUGCAGAGGCCAUUCAGACUACUGUGAAGACAUCACUGGCGUUUGUUAUAACUGCAGGGACCACAGUACGGGUGAUUUCUGUGAAAUGUGUGAAGAUGGCUAUAUGCUGGCUCCCAGCCUUGACGGGCGCCACACCUGCCGACCCUGCGCCUGCCCCCUCUCUGUUGAGUCUAAUAACUUUGCAGUGCGCUGUGAUAAGGGAGGUUCCAUUCUGCGGUGCAAGUGCCAAGAGGGAUAUGCUGGACAUUUCUGUGAAAGGUGUGCUCCAGGUUACUAUGGCAACCCAAUGGCAAUUGGUAAUUCCUGUAAGAGAUGCGACUGUAAUGGCAACUCCGACCCCAACCUGAUCAUCAACGAGUGCCACAACGUGACGGGCCACUGCCAGCACUGCUGGGGAAACACCUCCGGCGCCAACUGUGAGAGGUGUGCUCCAGGUUUCUAUGGCGACGCCAUCAGUGCCAAGGACUGCAGAGAGUGCGAGUGCAAUGAAUGUGGCACCUCUUCAUGCGACGACAGGACAGGAGUGUGUCACUGCAAGCCGGGUGUCACCGGACGACUCUGUGACCAAUGCGAGGAGGGCUACUCAGGUUUCUCCAGCUGUCAGGGCUGUCGGAGGUGCGAAUGCGGGCCAGCCUCCGUCCGCACCACCUGCCAUCCCCUCACCCACAGCUGUCCGUGCCGCCCGGGGGCCGGAGGUCGUUACUGCGAGCGCUGUCUCCCAGGCUACUGGGACUACAGUCCUUCCGGCUGCCUGAAGUGUGACUGUGAGAGCGGCCACUGUGAUAUGCACACAGGAGAGUGCCUGCCAGAGGCUGCAACAGUCAACCUGUGCAACAUCAGCUGCGAUGACUGCAUUUGGCAUCUGAUUGGGGACUUGCGGUUGUCCAAUAAAACACUGGACCACAUGAGAGUCGGCGUGUUGAACAUCUCCACUGGUGCUGCUGCCAACGACAGGAUCAAAUACUACAACUACACUGCUCAUCGACUGCAGACUCAGUUUCAAGGCUGGAGAAACAAGUCCUCUGUGAUGAAGGAGCAGACUGAGGAGCUGGAGAAGGCUGCAGAUGAUGUGGGGUUGGACAUCAAACAGCUGGGGGAAUCGGAGAGUGUGGUGAAGACUCUGGGGGACAAGUUGGAUAAUGACACGCUGGAGACCGUCACUCUGGCUGAGCAGCUCAGCACAAACCUCACUGAUCUCAACACACGCAUUGAAGAGAUGAUCCAUGACUGGGAGCUGUACAGCAUUCACCAGGAGGUGGAUCCAGAGGUGGCCAGGCAGAACACUAAGGCGGCCCAGGGAAUGGUGACCUGGAUGAGGACACUGGAUCUCUCCCCACGAGAGCCCAUCGCCACUGAUGAGUCGACUGAAGCCCAUGACUUGCUGAGGCGUAUCCGUCAGUUGGAGAAGAAGUUGAUGGUCACAGACGGCCGCCUCCCACCUGUCAGGGAGACCCUGUCCCGCUUCUCCACCAAGCUGUCAGACACUCAGCGAUUUCUCCAGAAAGCAGCCAGCGCCGUCCAGGAGACUGAGAACAGGAACAGAGCCAGCAUCCUCAAAUUCCAGAGAAAUGAGGCAAAGCAGCAGAGGCUGACAGAGGACCACACUGCCGUCAAUGAUACGCUGGAAAUAGCCACAGGCUCCAUCUCUGAAACAGAGAUGACUGUGGCUGAGGUGGAUGGUAUGGUGCAGAAUGUAACUGAGUACCAUGCAGCGAUCGAUGGCGCCAGCCAAAUGUUGAUGGAGAAGACUGAGCGUCUCUCGCUGGCUGACAGAGAUCUGGUGCAGAGGGCGGAUGACCACGCCAAUGAGUUGGACAGACAGGCCAACCAGUUGGAAGAUGAUCUGAGAGAGAGUGACGCCAACGGCUUUGUGCAGAAAGCCAUCAGUGCUGCCAACGUCUACAACAACAUUGUGAAAUACGUCGACGACGCCAAUAUCACCUCUCUAACCACCCUCAACUUAUCCCAAAGAGCUGAAGAUGCCAUCGCCGGGAUCAACAUGCAGCUCGGGUACCUGGUGACGCAGAGCGACAAUGUUUUCAAGGAGUCUGUUUCAUUACAUUCAGAACAAAAUGAGGUGGAAGCAGAGGUCAUUGACAAGCUGAAAUACAUCGAGGAGACCAAAGAGACCAUGGAUAAAAACACCAAAAAACUUGCAGAAAUAGUUGAGGAUAUCAAUGGAAUUCAAACAGACAGAACACCACAGCGACUGGAGUUUACCUUGGAAGUGGCUGAGGGGACACUCAACCGCUCAGCAGAGGUCCUUCAAACCAUCACCCCAAUUAGCACCAAGGUGGAGGAGUGGGCCAACAACAUGAGAAACAAUGAAUACUCUACAGCUGCUUAUGAAGAGGCUGUGGUGUCUGCUGGGGAAGCAGUGGAGAACCUGAACGUACUUGUUCCUGAGCUGCUGGACAAGCUGAAGGUGGUCGAGGAGAAGAAACCUGUCAACAAUGUGACCACCAACAUCAUAAGGAUCAGAGAGCUCAUAGCCCAGGCCAGGAGUGUGGCCAAGAAAGUCCAAGUGUCCAUGAAGUUCAAUGGUCAGUCCUCAGUGGAGGUUCAUCCUCCCAGCAACCUGGAGGACCUGAAGACAGUGACAACUAUCAGCUUGUUCAUGAGAGUGGACCCUGACCAGGACCCCAUAGAGGAUCGCUUCAUCUUAUAUCUGGGAGACAAAAAUGGUAGGAAAGACUACAUGGGAUUGGCUAUCAAGAAUGACAACCUGGUGUACGUCUACAACCUCGGGGGUGAAGAUGUUGAGAUCCCAUUGGGUUCAAAGCCUGUCAGCCAAUGGCCUGCAGUCUUCAACUACAUCAAAGUAGAGAGGCUGGGCAGACACGGAAAAGUCUUCCUGACCAUUCCCAGCCAAAGCUCCACAGACGAGCAGAAGUUCAUCCAGAAAGGAGAAGCUCCAGGCACUGACUCACUGUUUGACAUUGACCCCAAGGACAUGGUGUUCUUUGUUGGUGGUGUCCCACCAGAUGUCAGGCUUCCACCUCCUCUGAGUCUUGCUCCUUUUGUGGGCUGCAUCGAGCUGAGUUCACUGAACAACGACGUGAUCAGUCUGUACAAUUUCAAAGAGACUCACAAGAUAGAUGUUACUACAUCAACACCAUGCCCCAGGUACAAGUUGGCAUUUUCCCAGAGUCGUAUUGCCAGCUAUCUGUUCGAUGGAACAGGCUACGCACUCAUCAAUAAUAUUGAGAGGAGGGGCAAAUUUGGUGUUGUCACAAGAUUUGAUAUUGCAGUGCGAACUAUUGCAAACAAUGGUGUCCUCUUCCUCAUGGUCAAUGAGGAUAAAUUCUUCCUUUUAGAGUUAAAGAAUGGCUUCCUGCGCCUAAUGUACGACUUUGGCUUCAGCAAAGGGCCACAACUUUUGGAGAAUAACUUACCAAAGCUGCAAAUAAACGAUGCAAGAUACCAUGAGGUGUCAGUGAUUUACCAUCAGUCAAAGAAAGUUAUCCUACUGGUGGACAAGAGCCAUGUAAAAUCCAUGGAGAAUCCAAAAACCACACUGCCUUUCACAGAUAUCUAUAUAGGUGGGGCUCCCUCAAGCAUUCUCAAAUCCAGGCCUGAGCUGUCUGCUGUCGUAGGCCUGAAAGGUUGCGUGAAAGGUUUCCAGUUCCAGAAAAAAGACUUCAACCUGCUGGAGGAGCCUGGCACCAUUGGCAUCAGCAGCGGCUGCCCUGAGGAGUCUUUUAUGUCCCGUAAAGCCUAUUUCAGUGGAGAGGGCUACCUGGGAUCCACAGCAAAGAUUUCACCCUUUGACAACUUUGAGGGAGGACUCAACUUCAGAACACUACAGCCCAGCGGACUCCUGUUCUACCUGAGUGAAGGGUCUGAUGAGUUCAGCAUCUCUAUGGAGAAUGGAGCCCUGGUGCUGAACUCCAGAGGCACACGAGUUAAAUCACACAAGAAGCAAUACAAUGACGGAAGGACGCACUUCUUAUUGGCCUCCAUAAACAAUCAGAAGUAUUCACUGUUGGUGGAUGACAAAGACAAGCAGGAGAAGAAACGUCCAUCAUCUGCCACAAGGUCCUCAUCAGGUUCUGCUAUGAAGACCUUCUAUUAUGGAGGGACUCCAAGCAGUAGCUUCAGGAACUUCACAGGCUGCAUCAGCUAUGCCUACAUCAACAGACAGGACCGGGACAUUGAGCCCGAGGACUUCCAGCGAUACACAGAGAAGGUCCAGACCUCCCUGCAGGAGUGUCCAGUCCAGCGUCCCCCUGCUGCUCUGCUGUCAAGGAGCAGGGAGCAUGCUUCUAGAGCCAAACAGAGCCAAUCACACAAGGCUAGCAGGGACAAAUCCAGCCAACCUCUAGGCCUGAUUGAACUGAGGAGUGAUGACGAGGAGCCAUCACAGCUGAACAUCGAGCCCUGCUACCUCUCCUCAAGUCCCAGAGCGACCCGCCAAGCAUUCCACUAUGGCGGCAUCGCCAACAGCAGACAGCACUACAUAGACCUCCCAGACUCCUUCUCUGAGAGGUCCCACUUCUCCUUGUCCCUGAAGACGCACUCAUCCUUUGGCCUCAUCUUUUAUGUAUCUGAUGUCCAAGAGGACAACUUCAUGGCUCUCUUCCUGGCCCACGGGAAGCUUGUAUACACCUUCAACGUAGCAGACCAAAGAGUCAAAAUCAGGAGUGAGGAUAAAUACAAUGAUGGUGCAUGGCACAAUGUUAUUUUUAUCCGUGAUGGGAGUAUGGGGCGGUUAAUAAUUGAUGGGCUCACAGUGCUGGAAGACAGAGCUCAGGGAAGCAACGUCUCCUGGCAUGUCAGCAGUCCACUUUAUGUUGGAGGAGUUCCUCCAGGGAGAGCCCAAAAGAAUAUUCAGAGAAACUCUGCAUACAGCUUUACUGGUUGUUUGAAGAACCUUCAGCUGGAUGGGCAGUGGCUGUCCUCUGUGGCAGAGACCUUUGGGGUCACUCCAUGCUUCGAGGGACUCUCUGAGGCUGGAACAUACUUUGCAGAGAAAGGAGGAUAUGUUGUGCUAGAUGAAACAUUUAACCUAGGGCUCAGGUUUGAGCUGGUGAUGGAGGUGCGCCCCCGUGUGGCAUCUGGGGUACUACUGCAUGUGCGCUCAGCAGAGGGCUAUUUCACUAUGUACAUUCAUCAAGGGGCGGUGGUGGUUGUUGUGAAUGACGGGUCCCACGAGUUCUUCACAAAGGUGUCCCCUAGACAGGGUCUGUGUGCUGGCAACUGGCACAGAAUCACUGUGAUCCGGGAUGCCAACGUUGUCCAGCUGGACGUGGACUCUGAGGUCAACCAUGUGGUGGGACCUGUGAACCCCAGUUCCACUGAUACCAAGAAGCCUGUGUUCAUUGGUGGAGCUCCAGAUCUUUUCCUCCCAGAGAGCAUCCCCACCAAGGAAGCCUACGUGGGCUGUAUGAGGAACCUGACCAUCAGUAACAGCCAAGUGAGCUUCAGCAAAGCUGUUCUGGUCAGUGGAGCUGUCAGCGUUGGAACCUGUCCCGCAGCAUAACACCUCUGUCCAUACCAUCACUAUCCCCAAUACAGCACUGACCAAACACAUUAAAAACUCUCUUUCUGUUCAGCGUAACCAUGAAGAGAAGUAUUGCCACUGUUAUUUUCACUGUCUGUCAGAUGUUCGUCUUUACUUCUUUCUUUUACUGUAAUUUGUCAUUUCUUGUUUACUGUUUUGCGUGAGAAACAUGCCAAGAAUACGACCAAAUCACUCAAAUUUACAAAUAAUCAGAAAAGAAGCCCAUGAUGUAUGAGAGAAAAUGUCCAGAUUUACAAUUCAGAACCAUUCUGAGGAACCUACAGUGUACCUAUGAUUAGAUUUCGUCUGUGCAUAAUAUCAAAGACACAUUGAUCUUAAUACAUUUUAUAUUUCACCAUCCCACAAAACAAUCACAAUGGCACAUUUUUUGUAUAAACACCUGCUCAAAACUUUCCUUUUUGUACUGUUCAAUUUCUGAUGAAUAAAACAUAUUUUACAUCCAUGUAA